AUGAUCUAUAUUACUGCUUAAACAGUGAUAUAUUAGUUUGAUGCAAAUUCUAACUUAUUAGAUGGUAUUUUAGUAUAAUUUAAAAGUCUUAGAUUGGUAGGGUAAGUCUAAUUUCUUAACAUGUGGAACUUUUAAAUAUUUUGGGUCGAAUGGGUCUAAUAAUAUUAGCAGAAUAUUUUUAGAUAUAGAACCUCAUUCUCAUUAUAGAGUGGAUGUAGAAGUUUUAAGGUUUGUAUAAUUUCUAAAUUUUAUAAGCAUCGAUAGUUAUAAAGUACCGAAGUUUUAUAUAGAUAAUACAUUGGCCCAUCAAGAAAUAUAAAUGCCACCAUAUGAAGAUUAAAUUUGUGGUAAAUCACUAUUAGAUUCUAUAAUAACAAUAUCAAUAUUUGGCUAACAUAACAGAGGAACUUUAUGGGUUAGUAUAAGUUUAGUUUAUGGAGGAUUAAAGACUUUUAAAUUAAGUAUCAUCAAAUGUUAGUAUGGAUGUGAAGCAUGUAUUGAUAAUUAUCCUGAAAGUUGUGCAGAAUGGAAACUACAUUAAUAUUCUUUAAAUAAGAAAUUGAUUACAUUUGCUGAUGGAUGGAAUUUUUAAUUAAAUUAAAUAAGUGAUUUUUAUUGUGGACAAUGUUAAUAUUUGAAAUUUCAAGUCAUCAAUUAUUUUACUGAGUUACCUCCUCAUAAAAACAUAUUAUUAAGGUUUUAUAAGAGAACUUCCUUUUAGAUAGUGAUUGACUAUGUAUAUGGAUUCUAAAUAACUACUGAUGAAUACUAUAAGUUAACAGAAAUAUUAAUUAAAAAUCAUCCUGAUCCUAUAUUAAAAUUGAAUAUCUAUACCUAAGAAGUUAAUUAAUAUAGUUUGAUUAGAGAUUUCGAACUAUUUUAUUCACUUCCAGAAAUACAUUUUCAAAAUUUUUUUCCAGGUUGUUUAGAUUAAAUAAAUAAUUAAUGUCUAAUUUGUCAAGAAGGGUGGAGCUAGGAUGAGUUUCUUUAGAAUUGUCAGCCGAUAUGUGGAGAUAAAAUUAUUCAAGGAUAAGAAGAAUGCGAAGAUGGAAAUCAAAUAUCUAAUGAUGGCUGUUUUAGAUGUUAAUUUUCAUGUGAUAAUAUUUGCAAAACUUGUUAAUUUGGAAUUUGCUAAGAAUGUGAAACUGGAUUUAUUCUUAAUAUAGAUAAUAUUUGCAUUCCUUUAUGUGGAGAUGGUAUUUUAAUACCAUAUUCAAAUGAAAAAUGCGAGAUUGAAAGUGAUUAAGAUGAAUGCAAAGACUGUUAAUUUACUUCAAUUCCUAAUUGCAAAACCAUUUAUUUUUCAAAUUGUUUAGAAUGUUAUCAAGGAUUUUUUAAUUUAUAAUUUGUAUGUUAACCUUAUUGUGGAGAUAAAUUGAUUCUUGAAUAAUAUGAAGAUUGUGAUGACGGGAAUUUAUAACCUUAUGAUGGUUGUUUUGAAUGCAAGUUUCAAUGUAUUGAAGGAUGCAAUAUUUGUGAUAGAGGAUAAUGUAUUCUAAAAUGUUUAGAUGGAUAUGAAUUUAUUAAUAAUUCUUGUCUUUCUAUUUGUGGUGAUGUCAUUAUAACAUAGGAAGAGGAUUGUGAUGAUGGUAAUACAAUAGAAUUUGAUGGAUGUUUGAAUUGCAAAUAUUCAUGUCCUCUAGAUUGCCUUAAUUGCUAAUAAGGUACAUGUUUAUAAUAUCAGAAUAAUGAUAUGAAAUUAUAAAUGAAUUGUGGAGAUGGACUACUUUAAGAAUAAGAAUAAUGUGAUGAUGGAAGUGAUUAAGUAGCUGAUGGAUGCAAGAAUUGUCAAAUUGAAGAAAACUGGAAAUGUAUCACAAUAUCAAAAGAUUCUAGAAGUUAAUGUAAUUAUGUUAAAACCCCAGAUUUAAUAAUUUAUUAUCUUAAUAUGA